AUGGAGACAUUAGGAGUAUUAAUUACUGGUGUGUUGAUUUUCAUGAUUUCUUCCCUCCUCUUGUUCCUAUUAUACACAACAUGGAAUUUUGGGAUUUUCAAGAAAAUGGGAGUCAAUGGACCAAGCCCCAGUCUUUUAUAUGGAAAUCGGAAGACGAUUGCCAAACUGGGUAUUGCAGAAGCUGAUAUGAUGUGGUGGAGGGAAUAUGGAGAUGUGUUUGGGCACUUUGUGGGAAGAUCACCAAUGUUAGUUGUGGCAGACACAGAAAUGCUAAAGGAAAUUCUUGUGAAGCAGUUCAAUAACUUUACAGAUCGAGUGGUUCUGCGAGGUUUCAGUGGUGAUGCAGAAGAACAUUUAGCAUCACAGCAGGGAAAAGUAUGGAAAAGUUCGCGAGCAGUACUGUCCCCAGCAUUUACAGCUGGAAAACUAAGAAAGAUGGACCCCCUUAUCACUGAAGCUGGUGAUGCACUUGUUCAGCACAUAAAAAGGGCAAUCAAGGAAAAUGAGGAGGUGGACAUUGCAUAUAUAUUCGGGUGUUAUACGGUAGAUGUAAUUGCCUCUACUGCAUUUGGAUUGAAGGUUAAUUCACAAGGAGAUCCCGAGGACAAAUUUUUACAGAUGGUGUCAAAGCUCAUUUCCGUAACUCGCACCUCGCCCAUUCUUAUCCUUGCAACUUUAAUUCCAUUUAUUGCAAGACCAUUUGCAAAAUUCUUCAACGUUUCGUUUUUAAACGAAGAAGCAUCAUUAUUUUUUAAGACAACAAUAGUGAAAGAAAUGACAACAAGGCAUUUACGCAAAAGGUAUGUUGAUUUCAUCCAGCUUAUGAUGGACGCUCAUAAUGAUGACCUACAGGAUGCGGACGGGAAGAGAGGGUUGACAUCCACAGAAAUUAUCGCCAACUGUCUGAUAUUUUUCUUUGCCGGUUAUGAAACCACUGCCGCCACUCUUGCUUUCUUGACAUAUUUUCUUGCCCUCAAUCCAAAUGUUCAACAAAAGAUGUUUGAAGAAAUCGUUUCAGAAUUAGGAAAUGAGGAACCAGGAUAUGACAAUGUUGGCAAGUUACAGUAUAUGGACAUGUGCAUCAAUGAAACAAUGAGAAUGUUCCCUAUUGCACCAAGAACAGAUAGAUUAUGUGUUCAGGAGACAGAAGUAAAUGGUUUGAAUAUACCAAAAGGUAUGCAGAUUGCAAUACCUAUAUGGAUUUUACACCAUUCCGAUAAACUCUGGGAAGAUCCGGAAAAGUUUGAACCAGAAAGAUUUUCGCCAGAAAACAAAGCAAAGAUGAACCCGUACCAGUUUAUGCCUUUUGGAUAUGGUCCUAGAAUAUGUAUUGGGAUAAGAUUGGCUUUAACUGAGAUCAAAAUUGCAAUGACCAAAGUCCUUCGAGAAUUUGAAAUAAAUACAUGCUCCAGAACUAAAAUACCACCAAAAUUAAAGAAUAGUCCAAAUCUUGUUCUGUCAGAGGACAUGUGGUUGAAAGUAGUUCUACGAUGA